AACUCGCUGAACAACUCUUCUUUUUGCCUGAUCGAACCAUGUCAACUGCAUAGCGGGAAUCUCUAAGCUCUGGUAGAUCACAGUUUUUCUCGCUCUCUCUCUCUCUUUCUCUCUGUUUCUUUCUGCAAGACAAAGCCACCGGAAGCAAUGGCGUCGUCGGCCGCUAGGAUUACGUUUCGCGUUGUCAUGGUGGUAGUCCUCCUCCUCGUCAUUUUCUAUGUCGGUCGUCCUCUGUACUGGAAGAUUUCCGCCACUGUCCAUGACAUUCGCCGGAACAAACAGACCGUUAAAGAAGGUUUCUCUCAAAUCGUUCUUGAAGCUCAGAAAUCGGUGGGAUGGUACCACGACGAGUCGGACUCGGGCGUCCAUGAUGGAGCUGAUGGAAAGAAGGCUGGAUCGGUUGCUGCUCGGAGGCUGCUUCAUCAGAUAAAUGUGGAGAUUUCAGUGGCAGGACUUCCAUUACCUCAUCUUAGAAAACUUAUUGCCAACUUCUGAAUGUUUGUAUGUAUCUGAGUAUACCAUUAUGUUUCGUUUAACUCAUGUUUUUAUGAUUUCUAUGUUAGAUUAGGACAAGUGGUAGGGGGAAAAAGAACCAUUUAAAAAAGUGUGCAAGAAAUAUUUCUUUGAAAUCCUGGCUAUGAGCUAUUUAUAGAAGUCCAUUGACAAUUCUUAAAUUUCCACGUAAAUCAUUAAGUAUUUCUGACACCGAGUUGCCUUAUGACAAUUCUUUACAAAUAUCCAUGCGGAAUAGCUGCACUCAGACACAACUGGUAGAGCUUUUUCUUACCUUUAAAACCAACAUGAAAAGAAGAGUCCUCAAAU